AUGAGAAAUCUCGCCGACUGGGUCCACGACCUGAGGGAGGAGAAAGUCAUGGAGGCAGAGGUUAGCGGAAAAACGUCAAUGGCACCCGAUCUUACCUCCGACCUGGCAGCUGAACACUGUGAAUUGCGAAAGACUAUUGUGCUCGUAGGCGUUAGUGACGAGGUGCCCUUUGCUGCAGCUAUGUUCAGUUUGAUAGACAGACUCCGCAAGCUUCUUCUGCUCAGGAGGAAGAAAAAUUGCCAAUUUUCGGUCAUGCCUGUUGAGACUUUUCCAAAAACGAUACUCUAUGAGGGCGGUAAGGAAAACUUUGCCCUCAUUCAGCUAGAAUAG